AUGGCCACGCACUACAUUGAAAAUGGAAGUAGUGGCAGUCAAUAUUACUUUGAUGCUAAUAAUGCUGCCACUACGUCGCAAUCACAACGAACAACACAAGAUCAAACUUAUUCAUCGCCUGUAGCAAUAACGACAACAGUAGGUCAAUCAGAAUAUUCAUCUCAACCUGCUGGAGUUGCCGCAAUUCGCUCUCAACAUCAACAAGUUCGAUCAGAUCGAACCACUUAUAAUGAAAAUGAUCUCUAUCAAUAUCCACAACAACAUCAAUCAGUAGCAGGAUUUACUAAAAGUGUAACUCAACAGCAGUAUCAAUCAUCACCCUCGCCUGCACCACAAGUCAGAGCGACGGUAAGAUCAGUAAACAGUCAAGAGCAACAAUUUUCUUCAUCGAACCAAUAUCAACAGCAACAGCAACAGUAUCAUCAACCACAACAAAGACAACAACAAGCUUAUACAAGCUAUGAACAACAAGGUCAGUCUCAAUCUCCACAAGUUUCACCACAGCAACGACAACAGCAACAUUCAUAUGCUACAUAUGAACAACAAGGUGCGCCUCAUUCUCCACAGACUUCACCUCAACAACGGCAACAACAACAACAGCAACAUUCUUAUGCAAAUUAUGAACAACAAGGCGCAUCACAAUCUCCACAAAUUUCGCCUCAUCAACGUCAACAACAACCAUCACAACACUCGUAUUCAACCUACGAUCAACAAGGUACACCUCAAUCUCCUCAAAUAUCUUCUCAACUUCAUCAGCAAUAUCAACAUGAUUCUCGUCAACAAGUAGGACAAUCAACAAACACCUCAGGCAAUUAUCAAACACCAGGUUCUAGUCAAUAUACACAGAAGACACUGGAUCAGCGAACGGAAAGUCCAUCUCGAGGUCAUGAUCAACAUGUGCAGGGACAACAUGUACCAGUGCGAACAGUGUCAAGUAGUUCGCAUCAGCAACAACAAUCGUAUUCAACCUCUCAAUCAUCUCCUCAACCAACUCAACAACAUCAAGAUCAACUACAACAAUACUACAGUCAACUAACUCCCGAACAAUAUCAGCAACUGUUACGUCAGCAACAGAUUCAGAGACAACAACAAGAUGAAUUAAGACGACAACAGAUCGCUCAACAACAAUAUUAUUUACAACAACAACAACAACAACAACAAGAACAACAGCAACAGCAACGUACAGAUCAACACUAUCAAUCAGUUCGAUCAAAUCAAGAUCCUCAACGCUAUGAUGAGCAUCAACAACAGCGACGAGUUCAUCAAGUUUCUUCCAAUCAAGAUCAACAAUAUCGCCAACAAGGUCAAGAUCAAUACGAUCCAUACCAAGAACGAUCGCAACAAGUUCAAAGUAACGUUUCAUCUCACAACAGUCAAGAUUCUUACCGUCAACAACAACAACAUUACGAUCAACAAAAUCCGUUGGAUGCUUACUACGAACAACAACGUCGUGCUGCUGCUCAGCAAUCUUCGUCAUCUUCGACCUACCAACAAGAGCAGUACCAUUCGACAGCAUCUAGCGGACAACAACAACAUCAUCAAGACGAACAAGACUACUAUGCAGCACAGUUAGCUCGCCAACAAGAACAAGCCGCUCAGCUCGAAGCAGCUCAACGACAACAAGCAUUGCAAAGAGCGCAACAACAACAACAACAAACACAAAUUAUCGAAGCCCAACAGCCAGCGCCACCGGGCUUGAUGAACAAAUUCACUGGCCCAACAAAAAUUCCCACAUAUGAUCCCAAACAAAAAACGACGACUACACGACAUUUUUCAAGUUCGAACUAUUCAUCAACAACAAGUGGUGGUCAAACAACCUCAAGCACAACUCGAGCGUCAUCUUCACAUACAAUGACAUACUCAGCACUACCUAAACCUCAAGAGCCACCUGUGAAUAGUGCUGAAUAUUAUCGAUUGAUGCAAGAAGGAGCUAUCAGUAAUACAUCGUCAAAUAUUCAACAAUCAGCUGCUCCACCACAUAUUCAAGGUCCUGCACCUGGCUUUGGUGCAUUACGUGACCGCUUCAAACGCGGAUCACUUUCUGAAAGUACGAACUCACCACAGGAUAUACGUCGACAACAUCAAGCAACUACAAGCAACACUGGAUUAUCAUCACUACGCGAUCAUUACAUGAAUCAGGCGAAAGAAUCGGGUCAACAUCAAGAAGAAUCACUCUCACAGCGAAUUCAACAUGUCUCUCGAUCAAUCGUUGGUGAAGAUUUACCUAGCUCACAAUCGCCUCAACAACAGCAACAACUACCCGCCGCACCUCCUUCAACACCACAAGUAUCUCAACAAGAGGAAGCACCCACGCCCAGUCAAAUUACUGACGAUCAACCAGUGUCCUCCGAAGGUGCCGUAGCUGAUGGUAGUUCAUUAUCAGGUGCCUCCUCACUUGAAAAUGAUCCUACUCUGACUGCAGCAGAUGCUCCACCAGUCGAAGAAACAUCUUCAACCUAA